CGCAAUCCUUUGAAGAUCCUUCGCAAACUGGACGAACCGCGUGCCCGUCGCGUCACGCGCCAUAUGGACCGACGGCUCUGAUCGCGCAUCUGACCGCUGGCCGAUAUUCUUCCGGCCAAAACGAAGGGACGACGCGAAGAACGCCCCGCCGCUGAUCGAGUCGCAGAGUACCUCCGAGGUACUUGAGCGCGGCUAUAAGAAUGCAAGGGGGGAAGAGACUUGUCCACCCACCGUCAGGAUCGCUGUGAUGAUGCGAACUUUACUUGCGACAUGUGUCGCUCUCUGGGCUCUUCUGGCAUUGGGAGCUAGGGCUGUCAACGUGCCCCGCAAGAAUCCCAAGGUACCACCGGGAUUUGUGACGACUAGUGGCAGUCGUUUCGAACUUGACGGCAAGCCAUUCUCGUUUGUGGGGGCCAAUUCAUAUUGGCUACCUCUGCUUCUGACAGCCGACGAUGUGGAGAAGACGUUCCAGACCAUGCAGCAAGCUGGGGUCAAGGUCCUUCGUACCUGGGGGUUCAAUGCAAUCAACGCUACCGAGCUUCCAGACGCCCUGGAUUCCAACCUCACGUACUAUCAGGUGUGGAACAGUAGCCAGUGGAUUUUGAACGACGGCCCCCAAGGCUUGCAACGCCUCGACCAUGUUAUAUCCACUGCAGGCAAGCAUGGUAUCAAAGUAAUCCUUGCUUUCACCAAUAACUGGGUCGGUUAUGGCGGCUCUGAUCUCUUCGUCAACUGGAUUGCCGGUGCUAACCAACCGCACGAUGUAUUCUUUACGGACCCGAGAAUCAUAGCAUCCUACCAAUCCUAUGUGAAGACCCUUGUCGAACGCUACAAGGAUUCAUCAGAUAUCUUCGCAUGGGAACUGAUGAACGAAGCUCGCUGCUUGAGCGACACCCUUCCUGCGGGGCCAUCCUGCGUACCAGGAUCCAACACGUUGAAGACCUGGUAUCAGCAACAGUCCGACUUCGUUCGCAGCUUGGACCCGAACCACUUGAUCACUACCGGCGGAGAAGGUCACUUCUUCUGGAAGAAACCGGCGGAGUACUGGUUUGAUCACACUCUUGUCAGCGACUACAACUUCAAUGGUCAAGCGGGCGAGGACUUCGACCAUGACAUGUUGCUCUCAAAUAUCGACUUCGGGACCUAUCAUCUUUAUCCCCAGUCGUGGUAUACUGAACUGGACUUCCCUGGCUCUAACUGGACGGUGGAAAGCUGGGGCUUGGAAUGGAUUGACGAUCAUGCUCGCGCUGCAAGCAAGGCCAACAAACCGGUGAUUUUAGAGGAGUUCGGCGUCGGUGGAUUGCAAAACAAGACCGACAUCUACCCUAAGUGGGUUCAGCGCGCGCUGGACACGCAUCACGCUAGCAUCAUGCCAUGGCAAUGGGGCGAGCUGGGGCUCACCGAAAGCGGCGGUAACCGCAUUAUCAAGUACGCGGACGCUAUCAACCACGGGGCCUCCCCGAACGACGGCAACACGUUCUACAUCAACCAGACCGCGGUCUGGGAUAUCUUCACGAGGGCCGCCAAGAUCCAGGAGGCACGAUCUGGAUAGACGAUCUGCAGGAAAUGCGAGAGAAACUAUGGUACAAGUGUAGCGGAGCCGACAGCAAAGAAGCAAAGUGGACAACAUGUGAAUCCGCGCUCGGCGGCAGGUAUCAUGCGCAACGAAUCCCAUCCCCCCUAUGACCAAAAUAUCCCUCAUCGCCUGAUGUGUGAACUUCUGGUCGGUUGAUGUUGUGUCGGCGUAGACGGAGAGCCCUUGGGUGUCGCCGUGAUGCCCUCCAUCACGGCGAUCCCAACGUCGACCCUGCAAACAUGCGACGACGGCGGGGCUCUGAAGGCCUCGGACAGUCUGCACUGGGUGUCGCUCCAGAUCUUGACUGAAAGUUCCGCUUCUCGAGGGGGCUGCCUGAGCGCGUACUUGUACGCCACGCCCGCGGUGAGCACGAGGGAGAUGUCUUCUCCGUGAUGCAGGAAGA